UUUCAGAUACAAAAUGGGAAAUUCGCAUCCGGGUGUCACUUCAACAUCAUCGAAAUCAACAAAAGGAAAACUGGGACGACAAAGAAGAUUAUCUGAUCCGAGCCAAAAUCAAAAUGUUAAGAACUGUCACAUGCCAACUGGCUCAUCGUCAAAUAAUACUUCUUCUACCACCCCGCCAACAAUUCAAAUUAACGGAAAAGAAAGUUUCGAUGAAUUUGAACACGGGCAGUUGAGAGCGAAAAGUGCCAGUACAGACUUUUCAUCUCUUCGUUCCACGUCAUCAACGUCUUCCUAUCAAAAACCUCAAAAGAAUAGUGCUUCAGAACGUCGUAAGAUAUUCCUGUCAUCUUCUACAAAUCAGGAUUUCAUGGCAAGAAGUCUUGAUGAUUCAAUGACUGCUAAAAUGAGUUGUAUGAUACGAACAAAGUCUCAUUCACCAUUGAAACAAAUGAGAACAUAUUCAUUUCGAUCAAUUCCUAGUGAGGAGAACUUGAUUGAUAAAGAGAGUUGUGAAGUGGUGGCUGAUUCAUGGCGUCUUGUUGAAUCUCGAUCCUCAGCGGCAGAAACAUCCGCUUGCUUUGGUCUCUUCGUAUUUCAACGUGUCUUUUCGAAAAUUCCGAUGCUCCGCCCGCUUUUUGGAUUAUCAGAAUCCGAUGACGUAUUCGAUUUACCUGACAACCAUCCAGUUCGUCGGCAUGCUCGACUAUUCACCAGCAUUCUACAUAUUUCUGUGAAAAAUGUGGAUGAACUGGAAGCACAAGUGGCUCCGACUGUAUUCAAAUACGGCGAAAGACAUUAUAGACCAGAUAUUACACCACACAUGACUGAAGAAAACGUUCGAGUAUUUUGUGCUCAAAUAGUUUGCACCGUUUUCGAUUUUCUUCGAGACACGGAGGCGACUCCCAAAUGUGCCGAGUCUUGGAUUGAACUUAUGAGAUAUCUUGGCCAAAAACUACUUGAUGGUUUUGACUUUGCAAAACUGACAGCUGAACGGAAGAUCUCCAUAAAUCGAAACGAUCAUCACCUAUUUCUUAUGUUGUAAACUUUGAAUACUUGUGAUAUUUUGUGAUGAAUUUUCUCUUUUUC